GUUUCACCAAAAGACUGAAACGAUGACCCGUGUGUACGUUGGUAACUUGGAUUCGAGAGUUACUGAGAGAGAUCUUGAAGAUGAAUUUCGUGUAUUUGGGGUUAUACGGAGUGUCUGGGUCGCGCGGAGACCACCUGGUUAUGCCUUUAUUGAUUUUGAUGACCGCAGAGAUGCGCAAGAUGCCAUUCGUGAAUUAGACGGUAAGAAUGGUUGGAGGGUGGAGCUUUCUCACAACUCUAAAGGGGGAGGUGGCCGUGGUCGCUCUGGUGGCUCUGAUUUGAAAUGUUAUGAGUGUGGUGAACCUGGUCAUUUUGCUCGCGAAUGUCAUAUGCGUGGUGGUUCAGGAAGACGACGUAGCCGCAGUCCACCUCGAUACCGCAGGAGCCCUAGUUAUGGGCGGAGGAGUUACAGUCCUCGUGGGGGUAGGUCCCCUAGCCCUAAGCGCCGCAGUUUGUCACCUCGUGGACGCAGCUAUAGCAGAUCACCUCCUUACCAAGGACGUGAGGAUCUACCAUGUACAAAUGGAAAUGGAGUAAGGGAACGGCACCGCAGUAGAAGCUGAUUUAUGAGAACUUGGAGUUGCCAUUGUUAAGAGGAUAAGGAGAUUUUGUUGAUUUGGUGUGCUCAGAUUGCAGUACGAGUUUGUUUAAUCAGGCAACGCCCUGUGCUUCUACUCUUAGAUUGGAUUAAUUACUUUGUAGAAUUUUCUAGGUUAUGUUCUAUUAUGUAUGCUGAGUACUUUUAGUUUCCGUACAGGUAAAAGUGUCUUUUCAAGGUAGUUGUUUCUCACCUGUUGAAAAAGUUUCAUAUUUCUGCCAAAACUUAUGCUCUAUUUUUCCCCGUGUUGAGGUGUCUUCUGGUACUGCUACAUUGAUUUUGUGCGUUGAUGGGACAUGAUUCUUGGCUCCCCUUCUUUGGGAUCUUCAAUUUUUGAAUGGUUGGGGGUCCCAGCCGGCUGCUUGCUUCUGUUUCAUUUAGUCUCUCCCCACUUGUGAUGUGUGCGCCUCAAACUCUAAUGGUUUUAAUUAUAACUUCAAAAAGGGUUGACGGGCUGCAUCAAAUACUUCUGGCAGUGAUUAUUCCCCAAAGGAAAAAAAAAUGAAAGAAAAGAAAGAAAGAAAUUAAAGAAGGAACCCCUCGACCUUUGAUUUUUGUAUCCAUCUUUUGGUUUCUACAAUACAUUAGUUUGGAACUGCAUGGCUUCUGUCCAAAAAGUGGAACUGCAUGGCUAAGCAGCUGCUGGUCAGGCAUAUGGUUCAACCCUCAGAUACUGAAAGUUCUCACACUCCCCCACCCUUAAUUAUGUGGUCCUGGAUUAGAUUAUUUUGGUUGCCUGACCUUUGGUGACUGUUUGUUAGCUUUGCUAAGGUACGUUAAUAUUGCUUGAAGCUUUCGCUGAUCCUGAGAGGGAGGCAAGUGUUAGCUUUACUAGUUAUAGUAUAAAGAGCAUUAGAUUGUGGUUCUCUGUUGGAUGAAUUUGGACAUCCAAUUUGGUUUUUGAUUUGAUUCAUGCAUGGGACACAUUUCUAGUAUAA